AUGGCGGUGGCCCAGUGCAACAAGCUUCCUGGCGAUUGUGGCAAGGUCGCUCGCGAAGCGCUCGAGAUCCAGUUGGCAGAGGUCAAGAAGUCCUGGGCCGACACCAAGCCACGUCCCAAGCAGCACACUAAUGUGGGACACAAGCUCGCCCGCACUGAGCUCAAGCGCGCCAAGCUCGAUCAGGAGAUGUGUGACGAGACUGAGCGCAUGCGCGUGGCUCAGGAGCGCGUGGCUCAGGAGCGCGUGGACAACCUGCGCGCACAGGCGGUGGCAUGCGAUGCUGGGAUUGUGGAGUUGCGCAAGGAGCUGGUGGCUGCGCUUCCCGAGACUGCCCCAGCACCAGCCUGCCUCAGGAUCGACGAAGCUUUCCUGGAGCAACACCGGCCGCGGGUCGCCGUCAAGCCCUUCACGGAGACAGACGUCUUCAAGACCUUCGCGGAGGUCCUCGGCGAAAGCGCCAAGGGCAAGCAGGCCCGGAUGCCCGUCGUUGCACCGCCCCCUUUUUCGGGGUUGUGCGCGGCCGCGUCGGAUUCUGAUGGCCUCCCUGCUCCUCGCACUCCUCAACCUCGUAGUGCAGAAGAUACACGUGCGGGCGAGCCCGAUGACAUGGACCUUGACGAGCUUGACGGCACUGUCACUGAAGAUAUUAUCGAGGCGGUCAAGGGCGGAGCCGACAAGGCUUCCUUCUCCUCACGAUUCGGCUCGGGCCUACGUUGGGUCAAAGCGAAGACGGAGUAG